UUCAACUUUCAUCUGAGAAUUUGAUGAAGAAGUUGAUGGAAUUAUUUCCGCAAUUUUUUGUUUUUUUAAAUAAGAAAUAUAGUUUAGUUUUUGAUUUGGAUUCAAGUGUCACUGAUGGACUUGAUAAAUCGGUCUUAAGAAGUUCGCAUCAGAACAAACGCAAAAAAAGAACAGGAAGUGUUGAAUGGAUUUGAGUGAAAUUUCAGAAGAACUAUUAUUUUAUCAAUCAAAAGAGAAGUGCUUAAUUUUAAGUUUAUUUGAGGUCAAAAACGUCGGGUUUCACCUUAAAUCUAAUUUACCAUGAAUUAUGUGUUGGUUUGUGUGACUUUGUUGCUGUUCAAUGUUCGAGCCUUAACAGUGGAUAAUCAAUUGGUCAACGCCCGGAAUGAUUGUUUCGAGCGAAUCGCAUUGGAAGCAAUGUUGCCAUUUGAGAAGACCUUUCGCACCGAAGACACAAACUCAUUGAUGGCCUGCAAAGAGAUGUGCAUCAGAGCCGGUGAUAAUUGUCAGGCGAUAUCUUUUGGUGUCCAUCGACGUGGAAAUGGCACCUGUCAGCUGUCAUCGGAGAAAAUCGACUCGACUGGAUCACGCCCACCCGGAACAAUUUUCGAUCCCGACUUUGAUUUGUAUGCACGCAAAACAAACUGUUUCGAUUUACAUGACAACACGAUACCAAUAGCUUCGGAUUCGUACAAUCAGCAGCAGGAUCACGGUCCUAGCAGACCUACUUCGGUGGCGGGAUCGCCUAUUUUAAUUGUCAACUCAUCCCCAACAACGCCUGAAGAACAGUUUCACAUUGAAACCGAUCGGUAUCCAGCUCCUCCCACACCCACUGAUGUGUACAGUACGAACUAUCCAACUUCAGUAGACAACUCAGGCUACCACUCAACAAAAGGUCCUUCGAGUACCUAUGGCAAUGGUGGUGGCGCGGGUGGAGGCGGUGGUAAUGGUCAAAAUGAUGACAAAUGGGUUAACUCCGGUGGGAAUGGUGAUCGGAUUUACUUCUCACACGACGUCUAUCCAUUGUAUCAAUAUCCGAUGCUCUACGAGCAGAAUUACCCCUCACCGAAUCAGGAAGUCUACUAUCCUGGGGGCUAUGCACAAAAUUCCCCCACCUUGGGAGAUCGAUACAAGCCAAGCUAUCCAAGUGCAGAUGAUCAACAGCACCACGACCAUCCCCGACCAAUAUUUGGCUUGGGCUAUGGCAAUGGGUACAGCUAUGGGAAGCCGGUUAAGUAUGAUACCGGUUCCCGUCCAACAACUCAGGACUCCCAUGUUUUCUCACAUCUUCCUGACAAUAAGCCAAUUCCUCCGGGUGACUCAGGUUACACGAGACCCAUUCCACCGAGUGAUUCAAGCUAUUCAAGGCCAAUUCCUUCCACCGACAGCAGCUACACCAGGCCAAUGCAACCAAGCAGUGAUUCGGGAUACACGAGGCCAACAAAAUCUGGUGGAAAUGGUGGCACUAGGCCCAACUAUGACGAAACCACCUCGUCUUAUCUACCAAGGCCAGGAAAUGGUGGGUCAUCGGGUAGCUCAAGUGCAGCUGACACAAUAAAACCCAACAAUGGCCUCGAUUAUACGAAUAGACCUGAUCCAGCGUAUGGAAGUACUCAGCAGUCUUCACAAAGCGGAGGCUAUGGCGGACAGCCUAUUGGACCUGUUGUUCGACCACCAAAAAAAGACAGCAGUCCACGACCAGGUUAUGGUUAUGUCUCGCAAGGACAACAAAGUGAAUCCAAUGGCGUUACAAUUCAGCAGCAAGGGUAUAACGAUGAUAAAAUGAUUGCAACCUUUUUCAAUCCCGAUGACUAUGGACAAGGAAAUCGAAAAAUGGGGCAAGCAGGAUCCUAUCCAAAUAAUCCAACCAAAGCUUGUUUUCGACGUGUGUUGGCUGGAAAACGCGUUGCUCCGCAUUGGGUGAGACGAACUAUAGCGUGCGAACGGGUUGAGGAUUGUAUGCGUGAAUGCGGCCAUGAAAAGCGAUUUAUGUGCGAGGGAUUCAAUUAUCGCUUGGAUCCUUCAGGCCAUGGUCAGGGUGACUGUGAGCUGAUAGAGGUUCCUCUGGCACAAAUGGAUUUGUAUUCUAGCCCACACCAGAGGGAUUCGAACUUGUUGCGUCAUCCCGACUAUGAUUACUACGAGAGAGAUCGUAAUGCACCUUCGAGUUGUCGAAAAAAUCCUUGCCGAGACUGUCCGAUUCCACCACAGGAAAGUCCUCCGUCGUAUUUUAAGCCCAGUGGAUAUGAUAAACCUUAUUCUGAGGAGCAUUACAUUCCUCCCAGCAGUAGUGGAAGUAGUGGAUAUGGUGGGGACCAUUAUAACAGACCUGGGGACACAUCUGUCGAUCGGUACCGGCCACCACCGCCACCACGUCCGCCAUCAUCGUCACAUUCUUAUGAAUCAUCACACCACGAUGAGUAUAAUAGCUUUGAAUUUUCCUCGCAUGGUUACUACGAACCAUCCCCACCAAGCAGCUAUGGAGGUGACCUCAUCGAUCGAUAUGACAGCGGUCGGCCCGAUGACAGAUACAGACCACAUCGACCAAGCCGGCCAAGUCGGUGGGAGGCUAUUCCUUCUGGACAUGGUGGUGGAUGGAGCUAUGAAGAUUAUCCCCCUCGACCAGAGCACGACCGAGACUCUGAUCGCUUUAGACCUCCGUAUCGUCCAGGACCCGAUUUCUCCCCCUACCGCCCUCAUCAUGAACCACCGUCCUCCCACGGUGGCUAUUCGGACCAUGAUAAAGUGGGCUACAAGAAGCCUCCACCAAAGUUCGUGCCGUAUCAGAUUGGCGUAGUGGAAUCUGAUUGGGGCUCAUAUGGUGGCAGUUAUGGUGGUCAUUCAACCAAUACAAAGCAUUCGAAUUAUUGGGGAAUCAAGGAAGAUCACAGCCAGAAGGAUCCUCACAGUGGAUUCAAUUACUUUGAAUUGGGUGGAAGCAGGGAGCCACCAAGAGAACAUGCAUCUGCUUGGAGUUACCCUGGGUCAAGGUAUGGAGGCUAUAGCAGUGAUUCCGGAAGCGAUAGACAUGAUUACAAGUACCAGUGGACAAGAAGGCCCGGACCUGAUGAAUGCUCUGCCAAAACAAGUGAGGGUUUCCGAUUGCAUAAGACUGCUAUCAAACACGCUGUGACAGUUCCAACAAUAACGGAAUGUGAACGAUUGUGCUCAAAUCAAAAUGGCUUCAUCUGUCAAACAUAUAGCUAUCGGUACACUCAAGCUGGUCGUGACAAUUGUAUGCUUUGUGAUCGACCUGUAAAUCAUUUGGAUUACUAUGUUGAUAUUGAACCAGAUCGAGACUAUGACAUUUAUUCGAUGUCCGAUGAUUUAGAUAGCUGUCGACAUCCAUCGAGGAGUGAUACAACAGCAUUGUCAGAUCCUAGAAACGCACAAUGUUUCUUCCGAGCAAUUGAUGCAACUCGUUUCUUCAAAUCAAUAGUUCGUGAUUCACUCACCGUUCGCUCAAUCGGUGAAUGUGAACUUGAAUGCAUAAAAUCUGUCAAAUUUACUUGUCGUGCUUUCGCAUUUCGAUAUGGUCCUCGAGGGCAUAGUGGUGUCAUAGACAACUGUCAACUUAGUGAUUGGCCUGUUCGUGACAUGGAUAAGCAACGUCAUCUGAUACUUGAUCCCAGUUUUGAUGUUUUCGAACGAGCAAGCUAUGGACAUGGCUGUGAAAUUCAGCCGAUUGUUGAUGAAAAGCACAAGAAAUCAGUAUGUUACCUUGGUUAUGGAUCACCAGCGAAACUUCUUUCAACCGCCAUUAAGAAGAUAAUAUCAGUUGCAUCAGAAGUUGAGUGCAAAAAAGAAUGUAUUCGCUAUCGAGAGAAUACUUCAUUCAAAUGCUACUCCUUUAGUUUUGGCUCUCAAGCAACAACAUUCAAUUGUGAAAUGUCAGAUUUAGAUCAAACCGAGCUCAAACUAAACAUUCAUUACACUCACACUCCGGAUCGAGAUUAUUGGCUAUUUGCAUGGAAUCCAUUCGAUUGGACGUGUCGGGAUAAAGUAAAUACAAUCGGUGGAACUCGAGUUAAUAAUGAUCGACGAAUGGAUAUUUUCCGAGAACCGGGUGAUGUUGCUUGGCGCCAUUACACUGUAUCCGGUAAGCCCUGUCGUGUAAGCAGCCCUUGUGAAAAAAACUUAGUCACCGGUUUUUAUUCCUGUGAAAUUGAAACUGGUGAAAUUGGAUCUUGGGACUAUUGCUGCAAGGCUGACCACCCCUGUGGAUACUCUCAGGGGUUCGAUUACCCUUGGUGUUUUGUUGGUGAUGAACCAGAUCAAUGGAGAAAGUGCAGUGAUAGAUAUUAUCCUGGCAAUAAGACAACAUCAAUUAUUCACACUCAUUCAGGCAUCACACUAUCACCGCACAAAGACAAAAAGAAAUCGAACACAUCGUUUCAACGUCCGCCACGUCCUGGAGGACUGCAAAGUUUAAGUGAUUUCACUGCCGCCCGAUUAUGGCCUGUCACAUAUCUAUACAGUGAAGGACCACCAAAUGCCACGGAAUUUAGUAAUUUCGUUGACUGUAAUAAAGAAUCUUGCUAGGAAUUACGAUGAUAUUUUCCUUAUAUAAGUGAUAUAAAAUGUUUAAUAUUAAUUUAGAUUUAAAAUAAUGAAAGACAUCAUAAAUGUGGAAAAAAACAACACAAAAUUGUUCGUUCAUAAAUUUUUGUAAUAAAUCAUAAAAUUAAGAGACAUUUUUUACCAUAUGUAAUAAAAAUAAAUCACAUAAAAGAUAGGACCUGUAUUUAACAUUUACCAAUGAAGGGAAACUAAAAUUUUAGAUUUAAAUAUAAUAAUUUACCUUUGUAUACUUUUAAGAAAACCUUAUUUUAUAUGACUCAUGAUAAGCCGAUACAAUGGAAAUAAACUUCAGUUAAAUGUUA